AUGGCGUGGCAGUCAGGGGCCGGUGCUGGUGGAGGGAAUGCGAUGUCCGGGCAAGAGUCUAGUGGUGUUCAAGCAUACACGCUGCAAGGUGUUAUGCGAUUCCUCCAAACAGAAUGGCACCGACAUGAGCGAGACCGCAACGGCUGGGAAAUUGAACGCGAGGAGAUGAAGAAACGGAUAGCCCACCUUGAGGGUGAUACAAGAACCAGUCGGGGCGUUCGUGUCUCCCUCGAGAAACACGUCAAAAUCCUCGAAAUUGCCUUGAAGAAAGAGCGGGAGAAGGUCAAAGCCCUGAAUAAUGGCGAGCCGGUUGACGUCCAGAAGGAUGUACGAGAUGUAGCUAGAGAAGAGCUCAAAGCUGCCGGCAAGGAAUUCCAUGUCAGAGGCAUCAGCACUUUUGACAGUGAGAUCGACGCGGAUGAUCACCUCUUGCAGGGCAUCCGACAAGAAAAGGAGCGCGACAAGUCAAAGGGCUACCUUGUCAAGUGUACCUCCGAGGUCUCAUACCAUGUUCUUCCAGCGUCACACAUCCCACCAGACGUAUCAGACCCCCUACCGCCAAACAACAUAACUCAGUAUGGACAGCCCACGCAACAAGAACUGCAAGAUGCGUACAUCCAGGUGAAAAAGCAGAAUCAGGAGCGGUAUGGAAGAGAUCAUGCCAUGGUACGAGAGAAUGCCGUACCCUCAAAUCAGCAGCACCAGCUGUCCCAGGAUGAUCCAGCUCCGCUACAACGAACGAACACCCAGAUCAACCACUCCCAGCUUGCGAUUCGCGAACAGGAAAGGAAAUCCCAGGACCGGUCGCCGCAAUCCAUGAAUCCUUCUGACUUACAGAAGCCGAUGUACUAUGACCAGCCGCCACCAGAUGAACAGGUGGAGUCGGUUUCUCAUAGCUACGAUGCCUAUGGUAGACAAGUGCAGCAGACCGACGAAAAUCAGUCUCCAAGGGAUAUCAGCGAGACCAAAGUUGAUAUCACCGAUGGAUGGGAUUUCGAUGACAGCCCACCACAACAGGAUAUCCCACACGACCCUCCGCCACCUCACCGACCAGAUAUGGAGAUCUUCCCUAGCGCCAACCAGCUAUCAUCCAAAUCGCCGCCGCGCGGACCGCCUGGUUCCAGACGGAAAAGUUCCGGUGCGAGAAGGCGGAGUGAGAACGAUAUCCGCGAUCUCGCUUCAAAUCCAAAAACAGACAACACACAGUUCAAGGUUCGCUUUGCCAUGCGAGGUCACCUCGACGUUGUCCGGACCGUCAUUUUCACCGGCGGCGGCAGUCCUUCGGAGCCAGAAUUUUGCACAGGAAGCGAUGACGGGGGCGUGAAGCGGUGGCAUAUUCCAGCCUCGUACGCUCACACAAGUGUCGCAAUGGGCGAAGAUCUGGAUCGAAUAGCUCAUUUCACCCAUCGAGGACAUGUUGGAGCCGUUACAUCCCUUGCCGCAUGUCCAGCUUCACCUAACUUCUCCAACGGAGGUCGGGCGAUAGGUGACGGAUGGAUCUUCUCAGGCGGCGAAGACACCACUGUGCGAGUUUGGGAACGCGGCCGAGUCGACUCUAAAGCUACCCUCGAGGGCCACCGUGAUGCUGUCUGGGCGCUCUGUGUUCUCCCUGGCACAGCCGGUACUAUCUUCGGCGAGCGCUGCUCGUCCUUCGGCGGACCUGAUCGUGUUCUGCUUGCAGCCGGUGGUGCGGACGGCACUAUCCUCAUCUGGGCAGUCAGCCAGCCUCCCCAGCUCUCGUCUCCCCACGCUGGCUCUAAUCGUGGGACUCGUGGUAGCAGACGUGCCAACUCGGUCUCUGCUGGCUCCAAUUUCCCCAGCUCACCACAACCAAGCGUUGCCAGUCACACCUCCUUCAACUAUACUCUCGUGCACCGUAUAGAGCGACCAAAUAGCUCGUCGCCAACCUCGAUAUCACCUUUGUCGCCAAAUGGAGAGAACUUCGUCGUCAGCUACGCUGAUGCUUCCGUGCUAGUUUUCGAUACUCGCAGUGGCGAAGAAGUCGUUGGUAUGGCCAGCCAGGAGACUUACGACGGCACGCCAGACACCGGCAUCAACGUUGUCUGUGCGACCUCUACAGGCUUUGAUACUACAGCCUCUGUUUCUCCCGGGCGGAGAGGCAGCAUCGGUGAGGACGAUGUCGUUCAUGGUGCCACUGGCAGCGAAGGCGGCGUCGAAGGUGUGGUCAUUGCAGGUUACGAGGACAAGUUCAUCCGAUUCUUUGACGCUAAUAGCGGUCAAUGCACUUACACUAUGCUCGCCCAUCCAGCCGCCAUUUCGUCUCUCUCCAUGUCUCCGGAUGGUCGUGAACUCGUGUCUGGUGGCCACGACGCCAGUCUCCGCUUCUGGAAUCUUGAGAAGCGCAGCUGCACGCAGGAAAUCCAAAGCCAUCGCAUAAUGCGUGGUGAGGGCGUGUGCAGCGUCGUGUGGAGUCCCGACGGGAGAUGGGUCAUUAGCUGUGGCGGAGAUGGGGCUGUCAAGGUGUUCUCGAGAUCGUAG